UUUGAUUGGAGGAAGUUUUUACAUCAACAAAGAAAGAUGGCCGAAGUGAUAGAGUUGCAGAAACUGAAGCUUGCUGAGCUGAGGCAGGAGUGCGAGGCCCGAGGUCUGGACACCAAGGGAAACAAAGGAGAGCUCAUUGCUCGACUGCAAUCCUAUCUGGAUGAGCAUGAGGACGAUGUGGACGUGGAUGACGUGCUGGCAGAGGAUACAGAGGACUUCCCUAAAGUUGAGGAGGCUAACAUUGUAAAAGACGAGAAGAUUUCCGAGUCUACUGAGGAUGAGCCACCUGCUGAUAAAAAGGUGGUGAAAAUAACUCCUCCAGCAUCUUCCGGUGAAAGACUACAGAAGAGGGCAGAGCGUUUCAACAUGCCUGCAACAGCUGAAAGCAAAAAGGCCAUACGUGCAGCAAGGUUUGGUGAAUCCACCGAGAACACCAGCCCCGCUGCAGGUGUCGUUGCGAACAGUAACGCUCCUGUGAACAUUGAUCAGCUGAAGAAGAGAGCAGAACGAUUUGGCAUAAACGUUUCAUCCGUUUCCCAAAAGAUUGAAGACGAUGAAAAGCUGAAGAAGAGAAAGGAGAGAUUUGGGGCCACUACCGGUGCCGGUGCAGGUUCUGCCGAGGUGGAGGCAAAGAAAAUGAAGCGUGCUGAAAGAUUUGGAAAAGAGUGAAUAACUUUUAGAGACUUCCUUUUUUUUUUUUUUUUUGUAAAGCAUUUUCAUUACUGCACACAGAAAUCCCUGAAGAUGACUAACGUCACUAAUAGUAUUCCUGUAAAUCAAAGGUAUAAAUAAAUGCAAAGAUACAUUUGUGAGUUGUAACAUUAAAUGGUUUGGAGAAGAAGAAAAAAUUUAAGCUCUAAAUUAUUUACACAGCCUCAUUGGAUAAUGUAAAUUAGAAAAACGUCAGUUUUAAUUUAGGAAUUAGAUCUGUUUAUAAAAUACAUGGUAAGUAGCGCAUGUGUAACAGGGGUUUGGUUUUUCUCCUUUACUAAAUGCACUCUUCACUGCUUUCUCUGAGCUGCAAGUCCAUUUUUCAAGUCUUUAUAGAAGUAAAAAGCCUUCCAGCUGUUCGUACGGGAUACAUAAGUUGUCCAUGGGUCAGGUGACUACAAUCUAAUCUUAAUUCAUGGUGCAUCAAACCACUCAAAAUGUUGCACGUUGAAAGCAGGGAUUGUAUUUACUGUGACGCAGUCUGAAGGUCUGCGCUUGAUAAAAGAUGUCUUAAAACUAGAUUGGAACAUGUUGGAGAUUUGUUUCUGAGCUUGUUACUUUUAAAUUGACUUCCAGUUGUGGCAAAGCAUCGUAAAGACGAGCAGGUCAGAAACCAUCUCAAACUGUAACAGGAGCUGAAAACCAACCCGUGUGUAAACAUAUCCUCAUGAUUAUACAAGCAGCAAGGAACAUGGGAACUUUUGGUUGUUGGAAAUAAAAAUGUGUUCAAUACAUGACAACAUAAUACAUUCCUUUAAAGACCAAGAAAAGCAAAAACAAUUCUAAAAGAAAAUUAUUUAGUUUGUUAGUUGAAAGAGUACACGGUAAAUCCUUUAUAUUGGUUCCUUUGUAAGUAAUGCAAUUAAACAACCCUUUUUCUAAUAAUCAUUCAAAUUAUUUUACUCACCUAGUUGCGAUAUGAAUUGAAUUAUACUUUUGAUUUUUCAGACAACCUAUUUUUGUGUUUUCUCUUUGGAAAUCCAUUGGUGCACUGCUUCAGUUAUCUGUCCAUUUUAUAACAUUUUGUGAUUUAAAAUAAAUUGUUUUCAAAUUUUU